CUAAUUUGAUGUUUGCCUCAGAGUAAUCAGUAAUCAUUGAUCGGUUGUAGUAGGGUUUAUGCCUUAGGAACGGAAAGAGGCAAUUGUUUGAGAAAGUAAAAUGCAUCUGUACCGAUCAAUCAGCUUUCUCUUAACGUCUUUGUGCGUAACAAAUGCGUUUGAUGAUGCGCCACUAUUGACUGUACCAACUUUGGGAACGCUCCAAGGCCGAGUUUACCAGACUGUUGGAAACUUGCAGAACACGCCCAAAGACUAUUACUCCUACAAAAAUAUUCCUUAUGCUCAUUCGGUAGCUAACGAGAAAAGGUUCACGCAACCAAUUCUACGAGAGGAACAACUAGGAACCCCCGAAGACCCUUUCAAUGCCAGGAGCUCUGGUCCACUUUGCCAUCAAAGUAGUCUGGCCGUGGAACAAUUGAACACUCUCUCAAACUCAACCAUGAGAGAUGUGAUCGGACAAACCCUGGGCUCUUUGACCGACGCCUGGAUAGAUGCCGUUGUCAGAGUGAUCAGUAGCUUUGUGGAGUUUGAAAUUGAUCCUGACAUGACGGUAGGGGAAGUCCUGGAUGAAUGGUUAGACAUUCAAUUGGUGGUGAGCGAGGAUUGUCUCCACUUGUCGGUGAAUACGCCUUAUAGUCCGAAGGAAUUGGAAAGCUCCCCUAAGAAGUUACCAGUCAUGUUCUUUGUCCAUGGAGGCGCUUUUUAUAUGGGGACCCAAAUGAAGAUGGAUGCCAGUCGUCUUGGAGAUGUGGCUGAUGUGAUUGUGGUUGCCAUCAAUUAUCGAGUGGGACCAUUGGGAUUCAUGUGCUUGAACACAGAGGAGGCCGCUGGAAACAUGGGCAUGCUUGACAUGGUGACAGCAUUGGAAUGGGUUCAAAAUAACAUCCAGCAUUUUGGUGGGGAUCCAAAUCAAGUGACGAUCUUUGGGGAAUCCGCUGGGAGUGCCUCAAUUGGUCACCUUUUAUUGUCACCUUUAACCAAUCAAGCCGACUUGUUCUCCAAAGGGAUUGGUCAAUCUGGAUCCGCCAUUUCUCCCUGGGCCUUCGAUCGAGAACCCAACUUCCAUGCCAAGAACAUUGCAGCCAAGUUAAAUUGCAAAUCGCAAAAUCAUACAGAGAUUGUCGAAUGCUUGAGAACAAGGAAUGCUACAGAUAUCACAAUGAAGCAUAUGGAAUAUGUGGAAGAGCAAAGAGCAAUGGGAUCCCUGGGCUUUGGUGGAACCAUUCCUUGUGCUCAGACAAAGGGUGAAAAAAAGUUCUAUGUUGAAGGUCAGCAUCCGGAGAAUAUCUUGAUCAGUGGGAACUACACCAAGGUCCCCAUCAUGUUUGGCGCCAAUAAACACGAGGGAAGUUAUGUGUAUGGAGUGGUGUACUUCGAUUUCUUGGUGCCCAAUAACAUUCAAAAUGAUACCGAAUUUAUGCGGGAUGAACUCGUGCUGACCUUGCUGAGAGCGGUUGGAAUCAGCCAAGAGUACGCUUUGGCCCAAUUGUUGGAACAAUACUUUUUCCAAGAGUGGCAAAUGGGGGAUCUGGGACAGAUGACUCCAGGAACUGUUGACAUGCUGAGUACAUUUUUCCUGAAGGCUUCCUCGUAUAAAAUGGUUCAAGAAAACUCGAAAUAUGAAAACUCUUAUUGGUACUCAAUUGAGCACGAGGCUUCAAAGAAAUCGGUCUAUAAUCUCUUGUUCAGCUCUGAUAAGCCAGCACACAUUGAUAAUCCAGGUGUCUGUCAUGCCGAUGAACUCAUGUAUCUUUUCAACGUCAAUCUACCAUUGCUUUUAUGCAAUACCGCGGAUGUUUUUGGUGCCAUAGCCGAGAAAUUACAAUCUUGCGGCAUCGAAAACAUUUUUGAGUGCAUCAGUGAUCUCAUUGACCCAUUAGGGCCUUUUAAAGCUGAAUGGGGACAAUGCUUCACUGGAAAGCUCACGCAAGAAGAAGAAGUGUGGUCUGAUCGUAUCGUUAAGAUGUGGACCAACUUUGCCAAAACAGGAAAUCCCACUCCUGAUGACGUUGUCAUGGACAUACCUAAAAUUCCCGCUUGGAGUUGGGACAACCCUUCUUAUAUCGCAUUGACCAAGGAUAAAGGAGUUAUCAAGCAGGAUUACACUCUUACCUAUAAUGACGUCAUGAGUGAAUCAUUGACUCCACCACCAGAAACCACCCCUACAACAUCACUUCCUGAACCUAGCUCAGCAUCAAACAUUGCCAUUAAUAUUGCUGCUCUCUUGGCUCUACCCUUCUUGUUUAUUCUGUUGUAAAUGGCAUUAAGUACUUAUCCAGUCACUUGCAAA